CACAAGCUUUUAUGAAGCGCGACCUCUUGUAUUUCAACAGAUAUCGCAAAGUGCGCAGAAAAUCGCUUAAAUAUUUGUUUUGAUAUUACCCUAAAGCGAUCAAAUAUGCAACAUCGACUCGCCUACCUCAUCUUUGUCUUGUCCGUUCUACACAAUGCCUUCGGCUUGUACUUUUUUAUGGCCGAAACUGAGCGUAGGUGCUUUGUUCAGGAGACGCCGGAUGACAUUACCGUGACUGUGAACUACAAAGCAGAAGUGAGGGACCCCCUGACCACCAACGGUUUUGUACCCUUGUCCCCCGGCAUAGGAAUACAUUGGGAGGUGCGGGACAGCGAUCGAAGGGUCGUCCUCUCACGCCAUUACAACUCGGAGGGUCGUUUUUCCUUUACGACACACUGGCCGGGUGACCACUCCCUUUGCCUCAAGUCUAACAGCUCCGCCUUGUUUGAAGGAUCCCAGUUGCGCGUUCACUUGGACAUUCGAGCGGGCGAGCGCACUAUGGACUACGGUAGUAUGGCACAGAGGAAUAAGCUAGAUCAAAUGCAGCUAAAAAUUCUACAGCUUCAGAAUCAGGCAGAGCAAAUCUACAAAGAGCAGAAUUACCAACGCUUUCUCGAAGAGCAAUUUCGCCGCACGAAUUAUACCAUUUAUUCUAGGAUGGUCUGGUGGUCAAUACUCCAAAUUAUAAUCAUCGUCUUCGUAUUUGCGCACAUGAUCCAUUGCUUAAAUAAGUUAUCGUUCUUGUACGCAGCCUUCUGCAAAGUUCUCAGUGAGAAGACAUUGGCCAGGUUCAAAACGUUAGAGGCUUACAACGCACUUAUGGAACUCAUUGGACCCGAGGGUGAGGGAGUUUCCAAAUUGUCCAUCUUCCAAUGGAUAAGGCAGUUUUCGGAUCCGGAAUCAACAAAUGAGAAAGAGCAAAUGAAUAUCAACGAAACGCUUCUAAGCAGAGUAAAUGAAUUUGUUGAAAAGUACUUAAGCAAGAGAUUACAAGCAACUGCAGGAAGUCCUCAGUACUACGCAUCCAAUCUUAAUUUGAUGAACCUACUAACCGGCACACAGAGGAAUCGCAGUGGACACUUGAGCGGCAACACCUUCUUGUUGGUCUGCGAAUGCGAAGAUUGCAAAACCAACGACUCGACGUCGAGUGGGAACUCAGCAAAAUCAUAAAUCAGACUUUCGACUUUCGGACAUCAUUCAUGCACAUCUUUUCGUUUUGUUCUUGUUAUUCUAUCAACAGAUUGCACCUAAAUAUAAAGUUAAUU